AGUCCUGUAACUUGUGUAAUCGCACCAGCCCAGGAAGGUUCUCCCACGCGUAUUGUCUUAUGUUCUUUGCUGUGUUCUACACCCAUACUCACAUCAUGCCGGCUUUUCACACUUUGUUGGACUUCCAGUUCGAGCCUGGCGGACCCAAAAAUCCACUCCGUGACCAGGCCGUGUACAGCGACCUGUGUGCCCUUGUGUCCGGGCUGGUACAGAGCAGCGGUGCCAGUUCGCUGCCUCCUGUCUCCCUCGGAGACUCCGGCUCCCUGGGCAUCUUCACGGCUGAGAACGGCAGCCAUGCCACCCUGCGUAUUUACCCACAAGGAUUGCUGACUGUGGAUGCAGAGAUGUGGGCAGCGGAGGGCGAACAGCCGUCCAUCACUGCAGAGCAUGUUGCUUCAGCCCAGCAGAAGAUCAGUGAGCUUCUUGGCUGUAAGAAGUCUAAAAGAUUCCCUUUCAUAAAGAGAGGUGCCCGCGUGGAUCCAUAUGUGCCAACAGCCGACAACAAGCUGAUCGAGUAUGACUUUGAUGAGGUGGUGUAUGAGGCCGACUCCCCCUAUCAGAACAUUAAGAUAAUGCACUCCCCACAGUUUGGCAACAUGCUUCUGUUGGACAAUGAUCCAAAUUUGGCAGAAAGUGACAUCGCGUACACCCGGGCCAUCUUGGGAAAUGGUCGAGAGGACUUUAACGGUAAGACUGUGCUGAUUCUGGGAGGUGGUGACGGAGGCAUUCUCCACGAGCUGCGCCAAGUCUCGCCAAAAUGGGUCACCAUGCUGGAGAUUGACCAGCUGGUGAUAAAUGCUGCUAUUAAACACCUGCCUGGGAUCUGUCAUGACUCCAUGGACCAACUCAAGGGGCACAACUAUGAGGUACUUGUUGAAGACUGUAUCCCAGUGUUGGAGAAGUAUGUACAAGAAGGAACGAUGUUCGACUUUGUGAUCAACGACCUCACAGCUAUUCCCAUCUCUACACAGCCCGUUGGUGACUCUUGGGACUUCCUGAGGAAGAUUCUGGACUUCUCCAUGCAGGUGUUGAAGCCCACGGGCAGGUAUUACACACAGGGUAACGGUGCCAACAUGGUGGACGCCCUCAAGACUGGGUGUUUUACCGCAUCUGGAAAGUGGAUGCGGCCAGUGGCUGCAAAGACAAGGACAUGCAAGCGACCAAUGGGAGCACCUAACACAUCGUCAAGUGUCCAAUCAGAAAUAUCCUUACAAAAUGGUUCCUCAUAAUACAUGUAUGUCUAUUAUGUAGUGGUAGUAGACUUACUUUGAAGGUUCUGUGAAUAAUAGUUCUUGUUACUUUUCUUGUUUUAUGGAGUAUUGUUAGCUUGAACAUUGAUAGAUAGUGAUGAACUUUGCCUAUUUUAAAUGAACUGUAACUUUUGAUGAAUGUUUUCAGAAUCAUGUCAGAGGUGUAGUUUAAAGAGAUUGAUUUCUCUUGUCAGUAGUGGCACCUUGAACAAUGUACCUCAAUGUAUAUCAUUCCAUUAUAUAUUAACUUAACAGUCUGGUCUGAAAUGCAGUCAAACCUGUCUAUUGUGUGAUCAUGCCACUCAAGCUUUUUGUAGGCUUGCAGCACAUGGUCACAAUAGGCAUGUGGUCACUUUAAACAGGAUUCUCAGUGCUUAUCUCAAUGAGAGAAUUAUCUUUGUGGGAUAUUUCCAAAAAGUGGCCACAUUGGACAAGUGGUCUUUAUGACGAGAUAGAUGACGAUUAUUGAUGAAUUGUUUUUAGUUUCAAAACUCAACAGAUUAUGAUUUUUUCAUACUGUUAACUGAUCAGAUGUCUUGCAUCAAGACCUCAACAUUAUUUGAAUUUUUAGUGAGAGUUUUAGCAUUUGUAUUACAUGUGAUAGAGAUGACUAAAGCAAGGUGGUUCUUGAUUUGUAACAUGUUUUUAAAUCUCUGCAAAGUGCUAGUCUCUUCCAGACUGACUAUGCUGGCUAAUAAAGGGAGAAUGAAAUCUGGUAGCAGGGGAGUUAUGCUACCUCUGUGUGAGAGGAAUUGGUUGGCCGGGGAACAUAAACGUAAGCGUGGACUGACUCCUCUGGCCAAUUUCCAGAUGUUUUUUUCCUAGAUACUACGAUCUCCGUACUCCCAUAGGAAGGCCUGGUGGGGGCUAGUAAAGUUCAAUGACCUGAAUUCACAAACAAUGAGCAAAUGUGUCACUAAAAAAUUCAAACUUUCAUGACUUUAUUAGUCUUAUUUUUGUGCACCAAAUUCCCCAUCAGUAAGAGUGGAGAAGUUACACUCCUUAUAAUCACCAGAUUGUUAGUACUAUAGUUUUCCUAUCAAUCAAAGUUACAAAAUCUACAUAUCAUAAUUAAAAACCUUCCCUAUUUGAAUCAAAUGCAUGUGAUACAAACAAAAUGUGAGCCUGUGAAGGCAAGCUAUAUUGUGGCACGCUAAAAUAAAUAACGCUUCAUGUGUACAUUACUGUUUUGUCACUGUGACAGUAUAGCAGCUACAUGUGAACAAGAUACCUGUGUGCCAUGCUAAAUAAAGAAAAAAAAUAUUUCA